UGCGGAUUUGCAGUAGAUAAAAGGAUUCUUGUCAAAAUGUAGAAAAGAUAAAAUUUUGCAUUGAUUUAGUUCGUUGCUGGCGGUUUGGUGGCAAAGACGUUAAAAUGUCUGGUUUAGGGCGGCAACUAGGAGCGGUACUUAGUGGAAUUUUGCUAGUCUUCUGUGGUGGAAUUCAUAUAGGAUGGAGUAUUUUCCAUUUGUACAUGGGUGGCAACAAAUGGGCGGUCGGCAUCACCAUCGAUGAAUACAGAUUCGCUAUAUUAUCGUUCUUCACCGGAGUAGGAUUUAUUCUUAUCAUAAUGACCUUUUCGAAAGAGUGGCUUUCUACGCGAAUAUGGCUGAUGAUGUCUUCAUUCUUCUUCAUGCUGAAUGGUAUAUUUUUCACUGCUAUGCCUAACGAUUACCCAGCAACGGUAGCAACGCGCAUCAUUGCAGGUUUCGGUCACGGAAUUGCCCAUCUUGUGAUGUCUAUGUAUAUUGGCGAAAUCGCUUCGAAACAAUACCGAGGAAAGCUGAUAACACUGAUGGUUGGGUCCAUUAUCGCCGGCAUAGCAGUAUUUUCCGUUAUAUCCAUGGUGACGACAAAUGUGAUAUACAUUAUGGAACCAGCAAUGCAUGCAAAUAUGGCCUUGGGGAUAAUCAUUAUGCCGCUCAGUCUAGCAGCUUUUGUUUUAGCAUUUUUCCUCACAAUUGAGUCGCCAAUCCAUACACUUCUGGUGAAAAAUGAUGAGUCUACUGCUCAAAAGGACUUUUUAAAGCUACGAGGUCAAGCAUUGGAAACUACGGAAACCGCUCAGGAGUUCACCGAAAUGAAACUGCUAGUGGCGGAAAGUAACAUGCUCUCCAAAAUCUUUGUCACAGAAGGGAACUUCAAACCUUUCCAACUAGUACUAACAUUGAAACUAGCCAACUUAUUGUAUUUCAACUUUUCGAUGAACAUUGCGAAAAUGACUCUGAUGUCAAUGAUGUUCGAUUUGGGCUUAACUACUCCAAACUGGGCACCUCCAAUUCUAAUGCUUAGUAAGUUGGGCGGUGCAUUGUUAGCAAUAUUUAUAAUUGACAUUCUUCCACGCCGAUUCCAAUACGGUUUCUCAUCUACAUUCACUGGAACAUUCCUCCUAGCAUUUGGUAUUGUAUUGGCAACGCAUGACUACCUAGAACCAUGGAUUCCACCUUUCUUGUACAUUACCGCUGAAGUGUUCGUUACGUUUGGUAUGCUUCCAGUUUCGGAAAUUUUGCUCUCUGAGGCUUUUCCUCCGAAGAAAAAAGUCCUCUCAGUUGCUUCUGUGUUGAUCUGUGAAUAUGUAGGUCACAUGGUAGUUUACAUCAUAUAUUUCAAUGUUCCAAGUAAUCUUCAAAGCACAUACAUCAAAACGAUCGUGUUUGGUGGAGUAAUACUCUUGAAGUGUCUACUCGCGCUGUUGCUUAUUCCUGAUACCCGAAAUACCACGCCACGAGAAGCUGUUCAGAUGAUGUCUAAACAUUAAGUCAUGUGGAAGCGGAAAUAUUUCACAUAUGCGAUAAUGACUAUUAAAACACGAUAGUUACUUUUUGUAAAAAGCAGAGCAUUGAAAAAAGACUGUUAAUAAAUACCACACGAAACCUA